AUGGCUUGGUAUUGUAUUCAAGACAAGAAACUUAGAUUGAGUGUUUGGGCCCGGCCUAAUGCAAGAAGCACAGGAGUAAGGGAAGUAACAGACACAGAAAUAGUUGUAAAUAUAAAUGCACCGCCAACAGACAACAAAGCUAACAAAGAGUUGACAGGAUUUGUUAGCAAAAUGCUUAAGAUUCCGAAGUCGUCUGUUAAAAUCCUGGCAGGAGCCACAAGUACUCACAAAACAGUUGAGGUGAGUGCUUGGGAAGGAAGCGUGGAAAGCAUGCAAGCAGCUGUUAAGAAGAUGCUGGAGUAG